AUGUGUGUUUGUCAAACCAUGGAGGUGGGGAAGCAUGGCAAGAACGCAUCCCACACAGGAGGCCGAGGGGUCCUUCUGGAGCCUUUCAUCCAUCAGGUGGGCGGCCACAGCAGCAUGAUGCGCUACGAUGACCACACUGUGUGCAAGCCUCUCAUCACCAGAGAACAGCGCUUCUAUGAGUCCCUGCCUCCAGAAAUGAAGGAAUUCACACCUGAAUACAAAGGUAAGCUCCCAAAAUCUUUGGAGAAUCUCAUUUAAAUCCAGAGCAUUUUAGUGUAUCUGGAGGGCACUCUUCUAUCAAUAAUAAUAAUAAUAAUAAUUCUUUAUUAUUUCUACCCCGCCCAUCUGGCUGGGUUUUCUCAGCCACUCUGGGCGGCUGUCAAUAGAACCUUAAAAACAGAAUAAAACUUCAAACAUUAAAAACUUCAACUGUGCUGUGAAUGUAUACAUAGGGUGGUGUCCUACAAAUUAGUUCUGUUAGUGCAAGUACUUCUGGCUGCACAACAGAAAAGUCCCCACUUCUUCCCGCAUGCCUCAUAAAACAAUCCUGAAGGCUCCCCCAAUCUGAUCUGAGGGUGUGCAGGGAGAGAAGAGGGAGGGAAGUUCCGUUGCACAAAUUGAAAUCUAAUGGAACUAUUUCAUUACAUACUAUCCAUAAGAUCACUUUGAAACUUUCCCAUGUAUUUUCAGACAAUGCAUGGAUGAGAACAAUUUGUUUAUAUGCUUAGGCAGUCAUAAGAUCUUAUUAAUGGCAUUGCUGGCUGGCAGUACUUCUAAAGCCCAGUUGGGUUUAGUUUCAAAGUCAUAUAAGCCCACAUAGUUCACUUGGACUUAUUUCCCGGUAACUGUGCUCAGGAUUCUAGUCUUAAGUCUGGCUUAUAUCCUCUGAAUCUCAUAGUGGAGUGGUCCAGUGACCAUCGUCUCCUGGAGAAAGUAACAUAUGAGGCACUAAGACUAUGCUGCUUUCUGGUGGCAAUUUGUGCAAGUAUGGCAACUAAAAAACAAGACUUUGAGGCAAUGUGCAUUUCCCCCUCCCUGUAAUUUUGGACACAAAGCUGUUCUGCAUGGAGGAUUCUGGUGUGUAUUAACUGGGCCUUACUUGUGUAGUUUCAAAUGAGUCUUAAGAGAGAAAUUUCUUUUUCACAUCACCUCUUUUGCCAUAUAUUGAAAGAGUUAAUCUUCUAACUUUAAAACGUAAGCAUUCCAUCUUGGUAAGUUUUCCUUGUAGCUGCCACUUGGAGCUUAGGCCUUUCUAGAGUUUCUUUCACCUGGGACACCAUAUUGGCUACUCCUGCUAUUAGCAAGUCUAGAUCUCCCACAAUAGGACUGAACCUGCCAGGUUGGGCUUUAGGGCCCUGUCAGUUGUCAAGGCAGAUGCCGCACCGUGAGAUACAAAUAAAUCCCAUGGUGCAAUACAGCAUCUCUGUCCUGCCUUUGAGAAAGUCUUGCAUUUAUCUGAUAUUGCGCCCCACCUUGCUGAUUUCUCUUGAGCACCUUCUUUGAUUCCUGCCCCCCUUCUUUUGUAUAUGUGUCAAUAAACUUAUCUGUUUUCACUUGUGUUUCCGCCUCUGUUUUGGCUGUCUGGUUCUUUAAAGCUACUUAGCCCUGAGAACACCUUGCACAGCCUUAUGGUACUAUCCUUACAUAUCUACUCCAAGUCACUCCAUUGAUUUAUGUGGGAUUUACAGGUAAUGCUUUAUAGAUUGCAGCUGUGAUAACUAACACCAAGCAUUUGUUAUUUGCAAAAGUUUUGAAGGCUUGGAAAUGGUGUUUGGAAGGUGGGGCAAUUGUAGUAGUCUGCUGCUGCAUUUUUAAUGCAGAGACUAUAAAGUUGUUGAUACUAAAUAAAUUCUGUGUUUAAUAAAAUUAAAGUAGAAACAAUUAAUGUUCUUAAAUUCAUACAGAAAGCAGAUGGGCUGUCAUGAAUAGGCACAUCAUUCUUUAUAGAUGAAGCUAUACAGAAAAAGCCUGUCACAGAAGAAAACAAUCUGCCCCAUGUUAUAGCAAAGGAGGGUGACUCUUCUUUAAUAAUAUGUUACUCUUGAAUGGAUCAGAAGAUCAUGCACAUUUUUCUAUUACUGCUAUUGGGAAAAUGUGACAAGGAAAGCCAGUCUUAAUUUCAAUUUACGUACAACAAAAUUCAAUUUAUACUGAAAUAGCCUUUCUCACAAGAGAAAAUAGAUUGCAUCUCAACCUGGAGUCAUUCCAGUUAAUAUUAAGAAGCUGUGCCAGAAAAUUGACAAGAGUGACUUAUGAAUGCACUCUUUGGGCACAGACUAUGCAGAUAAUGGCUAGAGCUAAGCCUAUACUAGAUGUGCUUAAAUACUUAAUGUGCCUUCAUGGGACAAACUCUUGACUCCACAAUUAUUUUUAUUUCCCAUCAGAAUAUCAUUUCUACUCUGUAUUUCUCCUUUUUGAAAUGGAGGUGGUCUGAAAAGGGCACCUUUGAAAGCCUAUAAUUUGAAACUGAGUGCUUUCAAGAUACUAUUCCAUGCUCAUUUUAUUUACCUGUGUAGUAAGCUUUUAGUUAUAGAAACUAUUGCUGUUGCAUCAAGUAGACCAGAGACAGUCAUAUAUUCUCAAGGGCCACUCUGUUACAUACAUGUUGCAUACAAAAUCCAAAAGAGCUGUAACUUUAUAAAGUGUAUAAUUUUUCUUUCUUGCACAUAAUCCUCCCCCCCCCCAAAGCGCAUCUGGCCAAUUCCUCCUGCCCAAACACCAUAAUUGAUCCAUCUUCUGGAUACACCAUUGAUGUGACAAUAGCUGCUUUACACACACACACACACACAGAGAGAGAGAGAGAGAGAGAGAGAGAGAGUGUUCAUCUUAUGGUUUCAUUUUGUUUCUCUCCCUUACAUUGUCCUUGGCAACAACCUCUUAGAGUGCUAGUUUUUGUGGCUGUUACCUGGCUACUAAGAAAUUUCAUGUGAGGAAUGCCACAUGUGGCUUGUGUCUGGCAGGUGUGGUGUCUGUCUGUUUUGAGGGAGACAGUGAUGGCUACAUUAACCUGGUAGCAUACCCCUACGUGGAGAGUGAAGCCUUGGAGCAGGAAGAUGUUCCAGAGAGGGACCAGCCGCGUCGCAAACACUCUCGCAGAAGCCUCAACAGGUCUGGCAGUGGCAGUGAGCACAAAGAGGAGAGAGCUGGACUGGCCAGUGACACAUCAGAAAGGUACCAUGUAUUUCAGUUGUUUUUCCUUAGUUCAGACAUAGCUUUUCAGAAGUUGCUUCCCUUAAACAACAUUUCACUCAACAUUUCAUUUUUUGGCAAAAUGUUCCCCAGUAAAGAUACUGUAAUCUUGUACAUGCUCGCUGGACAUUGAUUUCCUGAGACCCUAACAAUUAUGCAAAGAAGGCUCUCAUACUGCAAGUAUGAGAAUGGUGCAGAAUGCCCCCCUCUCCUACAGAAUUACUAAAUUUAGUAGCCCAAAUGCUAAUCUCUCUUGUAAUCUAAUUCCUAGCAAAGCUCUUAUUUGUGAUACCAUAUUGUGCCAACAGCUUCCAGGACACGAAGAGCCUCAAGAGCUGGCAUUCAGAUGUUCCAUUUCAGAUGCUAGAUGGAAAUAGCAGCGUGAGUUCUGAAAAGAUCACAUUUAACCCGUGGAGUCUGCGUUGCCACAAGCAACAGUUGAGCCGCAUGCGCUCAGAGUCCAAGGAACGUAAGCUCUACAGUAUCCUCCCAAAGGCAUAGUGUAUACUGACUGCAUGCUCACAAGGUCUUUGAUGGGGACUAAGAGGGGUGGCUGACUGCCACUGUCAUCUGUUUGUUUUGGGAGGCAGUGGAAGAGUGCGGCUUCGGGGGUGACUGACACCCUGCCAGUAAACCCUGCUUGGAGCAUUUUCAUCUUUAAAAGACCUACCCUGCCCUGGUAGGCUGAAUUGUGAGUCGGCAUAACUAGUGUUUUUCUGUGGCCUUCAGUCUAUGGUUACCAGAUUUUUUUCAAUGAAUCUGAGGACACUUUUUUUGCAGCAGCCAAGGGGUUAAAAGACAGUAGCAUCCGGAUUAUUAGUAGGGAGCAUCAUUUUGUAAACAUAUGUAGUUUCCAUGUCAACCAGAGCCAGGUUCCUUGGUUAUAGAUGGAGGGGGGGUAGGGGGGCAAGGUUCAGCCCAAGUGCCUAUCAGCUGCUCCGGGAGGCUGUGAGUGACCAGGGGGCGGGGUGCAAGCGUAGUUUGGGCGUGUGCUGCUUGCUGCCUGGGGCUUGCCAUGCGCACAUAGACAUUGUCAAAGCUGCCGACGCUGUAACAGCCGCCACUCUCUGGACAUUAAUUAGAAUCCGGGGUCAUUCCGGAGACAGAUUGGUGAAUCCAGGGACAUCUGGUAACCCUACUUCAGUCACUGUUUUCUUGUUUGGCCACCUCCUGUAGCCCAGCACCAGGACCCGAAUAUCAGUUCUGGAGUGGAAAGUCUGCUCUUGCUUUAAAAAUGGGAGCGUUUCUUCUUAUGGUAUUAAACUAGGCUUUCUCUUCCUUGGCUUGUCCCCUGCCCCUGAAGAUGAAAUGCUUGUUUCUUCCUUUUAUCAUUGGGGGUGGAGGUUUCAUAUAUUUGUUUUUGUUCUUUCCUGUCUUGUUCUUUUUUUUUGGUCAGAGUUAAGAUCUUUACCAGUGCAUUUUCUGGAAUGAAAGAGAGGGGUCUUAGAAUUUCUGUAGAAACCAAUCAAAGCAGUUCUAGGAAUGCUGAGUUUAAAGAAACAAAUUUACCUUUACUGGCUCCUUAGAAUUCCUUUUACUGGAGAACGUGGUACACCAUUUCAAAUUUCCCUGUGUGCUUGACUUGAAAAUGGGGACCAGGCAGCACGGGGAUGAUGCAUCUGAGGAGAAAGCUGCUCGGCAGAUGAAGAAGUGUGCCCAGAGCACCUCGGCCACACUAGGCGUACGGGUUUGUGGAAUGCAGGUACCGUAUAAGCUGCUAGCAAAACUUCUGUGGCAUGAUUGAUAGCCAAGGCUGAUACCUUCCUGUGCAAGAGGGCGUGUAAUAGUAUUUGGCAACUGCUUAGAAUACAGAGAAUCUCUGCUUCCUUUUUAAAAAAGCUGUGUGUGUAAUUUAUAAUAAUAGUCUCUCUCCCACAAAUGCACAUUUCUAGUCUUCAUAGAGAGGUUUGAAGACUUUCCAGCACUAACUGCAAAAGGCUUCAAUAUCUGCCCUCUUUUGUCAAAGUGUGACAUUAUCCCCCAUGUUCAGGUAUGCAAUUAAGUGGGGGUGGUGGGGGAGAGAGUGGAGCAAUGUUUAGCAGUCAUUAGCAUAAAGUGAUUUACAAUGCACUCCUAUGCAGAUCUACUCAGAAGUAAAUCCCAUUGAUUUUAAUGAGGUUUAUUGCAAUAUAAGUGGGUAUAGGACUGCUGUCUUCCUUCCCUGUUAGCAUAGGGCUGCACUUUGGUGUGUGGAGUUGGUGGCAAAUAUUACCAGCUGCUUAAUAGCAAACAAUCUCCAUGUGUCAUAGUGAGCAUCCUUAGCUUUUGAACUGUGGUUAACAUAGGCAGCUCACCUGGUAGUGCUCACAUGCUAGUGAAUGGAAUAGCGCUCCUUGGGGUGUAAGACUUACUCUGAGGUUAUUAACCUCUGAUCCUUGAGGAGCCAAGGUAGUAUUAGGAUAGUAGGCUUGGACAUAGGAAAAUCUCUCUCUUUCUCAGAUACAUAUAUAUUUGAAACCCACUAAUGGGCAAGGAUGAACAGAAGUUUCAUCAAUCUUGAAACUGUAUGAGGCUCUCUUGUUCAAAAUGGGUGGUGACACCUUGCACAAAAAAAGCACAGAACAUCUGCAUUCGUCAGGGUGUCAGAUAGGUGUCCCUUGCUUUUGAGUGUUGUAGAUACUCUCCUGUUGGUUUAGCAUGCCUUCAUAACAUGGAUGCUGGUGCCCCCUGCUGGAUGGUGGUCAUUUGAAAUACGUACCUUGCUUUUAUUAAAAUAUCCUACUAAUUUUACUGACAGCCAUGAUUCUGCAUCAAGCGGCAUUUGGACUUAUUUUGAAGGAAAUGUUGAUUUCUGUGACUUGAGCCACCUUGAGUCCCAUCAGGAAAAAAGGCGGGGUAUAAAUAAAUGUAAUAUUAAUUAUAAUUUUGCUCAGGGUGUUUUAUUCAGCAACAAGGGUGCUCCAAACAAUUAUUGUUUAACACGAGGCAUUUAGCCAGCCUGGAAUUUUCUUUUGGGCCACUUUAUCCAGCAGGGUGUUAUACAGUGUCCAGUUAUACUGUAUCAUAUUUAGGAAGGAAAUUGAAGAGACUUUUCUCUUAUAAGGGAGUACCCAAGCUUCCACCCAUAUCUUAACACCUUGCCAGCAUAAUGUACAAUCUUUCAGAAUUCUUUGAGGAUACAACAAAGGCACACUGUUGAGGUUUACCAUUUUUAAUUUGGCUGCUAGUCUACUUCUUCCUCUUUAAGUGUGCUUGAGUCCUGCUCCACUUUGGUUGUUCUGACUCUGGAAUGUGUCCUAACCUAUGGAGAACUGAGUCCUUGUAAUGUUUUAAUUUGGCACAGCAGGGACUAGAACUAGUUUGAUGCUUCUUUUUUUAACAAUUCUCAUGACGAUGCAAAGGCUUCCAUGAGCUACUGCAGAAAAGCAUAGCUGAUUGUUACUGCUUUGUAGCUUCAUGCAGUACACGUUUGACUGUUCUUUGUAGACUAAUGUAUGACUUUUUUCUGUCAUAGGUAUAUCAGCUGGAUACAGGCCAUUAUUUGUGCAGGAAUAAAUACUACGGCAGAGGUCUUUCCAUUGAAGGUUUUCGCAAUGCCCUCUACCAGUAUCUGCACAAUGGAGUAGAGCUACGAAAGGACCUGUUUGAGCCCAUCCUUAGCAAACUGCAAAGCCUGAAGUCUGUACUGGAGAGGCAGGCCUCCUAUCGCUUCUACUCCAGCUCCUUGCUCAUCAUCUAUGAUGGGAAGGACAACCGGUCGGAGACAUAUAUGGAGCGCAGGGCAGAGAUGCGCCUGAAACAAGUGGACAUCUCUCUCCCAGAGAGCCUACAAGAUGCCAGCAGCACAGAGGCAGUCAGUUUCCAGCCCAAGGUAGAUGUACGUAUGAUAGACUUUGCACACAGCACAUUCAAAGGCUUUCGAGAUGAUCCCACUGUACAUGAUGGCCCUGACAUGGGGUAUGUGUUUGGACUAGAGAGCCUUAUCAACAUAAUGGAACAGAUGCGGGAUGAGAACCAGUAG